UGGCUUUGCGCUUUGCAGGUGCCGGGCCAGAGCCGGGCGCGGAGGUCACCGCUCGGCGGCGGCCGCAGGAUACCCGAACGGAGGGGCCGGGUGUGCCCGUCGGGGUGUUGAGGGAGGGCACGGUUGACUUGGAGAAGCAUGGUAUGAAGAGGGGUGUGAGGAGCCCUGUUGGAUCUCGGGGAGGGUAGUGGCGCCGGGUCAGCCGGGUGCUGACCGGACCGGAGGGCGGGACGGGGCUGUGCGACGGGUGACACCUGCCUGCUGGGCGGAGACGACCCGCGUCUGAGUGGACAGUGACGCCGACUGGGGCGGAGCUGGCGGAGCUUUGAAGCCGUCAGUCCGGGGAGGUUUCUGGAAGAGGUGGAAGGAAGCAGUCCCCGGAAGGUGGUGCGCUAGGCUCUGCGGGGUUAGGGUGGCUUGCGAUCCGCUCAGCUCUCGCCAGGCAAGAUAUUCCCUCUUGCCCGCUCUCUUCCCGAGAUCUGGCUGGGAAUCCUGGAGACGGGGAAGGACCGACUGGACGCCGAGCAUAAACUGAAAUCAGCUCAGAAGGACAAGGUCCGCCAGUUCAUGGCGUGCACUCAGGCUAGUGAGAGGACCGCCAUCUACUGCCUGACACAGAGUGAGUGGAAACUAGACGAGGCCACAGACAGUUUCUUCCAAAACCCAGAGGCCUUCCACCGAGAGUCUAUGAAGAGUAGUGUGGACCAGAAGAAGCUGGAGCAGCUGUACUGCAGGUACAAAGACCCACAGGACGAGAACAAAAUCGGGAUCGAUGGGAUCCAGCAGUUCUGUGAUGAUCUGAGCCUGGACCCGGCCAGUAUCAGUGUUUUGGUCAUAGCAUGGAAAUUCAGGGCCGCCACUCAAUGUGAAUUUAGCAAAAAGGAAUUUGUGGAUGGCAUGACAGAGCUGGGAUGUGAUAGCACAGACAGGCUGAAAGCUCUUCUCCCCAAACUGGAACAAGAGCUUAAGGACUCGGCCAAGUUCAAGGACUUUUACCAGUUUACCUUCACCUUCGCUAAGAACCCGGGCCAGAAGGCUUUAGAUUUAGAAAUGGCUGUUGCAUAUUGGAAGUUAGUAUUGUCUGGAAGGUUUAAAUUUUUAGAUCUUUGGAACACAUUUCUGCUGGAGCAUCACAAAAGAUCAAUUCCAAGGGAUACUUGGAACCUUCUCCUAGAUUUUGGAAACAUGAUUGCAGAUGAUUUGUCUAACUACGAUGAAGAAGGAGCAUGGCCUGUCCUUAUAGAUGACUUUGUAGAAUAUGCACGGCCGGUAGUCACAGGUGGGAGACGUGGCCCUUUCUAGAUGGAAAAACCAGAUGGAGGGUAGGAUGGGCGUGUCCUGGUGGAGACAGCUGCGUGGGUUGCUGUGUGCAUUUGUCGCUGACCUCAGAGUCUUCCUCGUCCAUUCAUGAAGCAAAUCCUUACUCUGCUUAAAAGCUGCCGUGGCCGACGUGCAGACACAGAGACGCCCCUCUGGAUGUUGGGGACAUCGGCAGAGCUGUUGCUUUAGGAGAGGCCUGCAUGGCUUGUCUUUACAGAAAGCAGCAUAGACCCUGUGUGCAGGGCUGAGCACGCUGUUCAGUCCAUGACGUUAAGGUGAGCACCAGCCAUUUCCAAACUGGAAUCAUGUUACAAUUAUGCUUCAAAGUAGCACCCGUGUCCUCAGAAUGACGUAUCUUUCGUACAAGUCCAAGCUGUCAAACCACGCCUCAUGAAGAUGGCCUUGUCAGGGAGCCACUGCUUUUAAUCUUGGUAUUCAAGAUGGAUAGUUUUGAAUUAUCAAAUCUCUAGAUUUACUAGAUGUUUUGCUUUCAUUUUCUCUAGAAGAUAACUGUUGCAGUUUGCACAGGGUGGCACAGGAUUCAUCCAGCAGGUUCAUAUCAAACUGUUUACAAAGCUGGUAGGCCUGUUUCCCUUCUAAUUAGGCCUGGAUGCUGCCUCCUGAGAAGUUUCUUAUUUUUUUAAUAUAUUUUAUAUUUAAAAGGACGUUUUCCAUGAGAAACACUUGUUUUUGAGUGAUGAAUUAGAUUUACAAAUCAUAUGCACCAGUUCCCGCCACCUGUCUAGGAUGUCUUCAGUGCCAGUGUCCAGCCCUUCGAAAGCCAUAUGCAUUUGGAAGCAAACAUCCGUCACCCAGAAAGAACCCACACUGUGCCGUGUCGCCAUCUGCUUCGCUGGUGUUUAUCUGGUCAACAUGCACUCAUGCACACAGGCAUCAAAGGCCUGAGUACUACCUGCUCAUCUGGUGUCGAGUUUCGAACAUCACUGUGCUGACCCUACCUCACACUUGCCAAGACUUGGUGUCACAAGCGUGCCUUCUGCCUAGCCUACAACAUGGCUGUGGAGCAGAUAUGCUGGGCCCACUUCAGGACAGGGACUGGUCAAUGUCUGUGCACAGAAAGCAUGUCCCAGCUGUGCCUGCUGUAGGGCAGCUUCUGGGAAUGGGGCAUGCUCCUGGGGUAGGAAACAGUUCUGAGAUGUGCAUGCCCUACGAGAUGGACAUUGCUAGUGGACAGGAAUCUCACAAAGAAGGUGGAGGACUGGAACUGGGAGCCAGUCUCCCAAAGCCAACCCCUCAGUGUUUGAGAUGGCAUCACUAGUGUCAGCAUCACGGCUGUCAACGCAGGUCUGUCGGGACAACUGGGACAUCUUUAAGAGCAUAUGUAACCAAACUGACUUGGUGAAAGAAAACCUGGGAAGAGCCUCCUUCCAGGCUUCGGGGGUCCCUGACUUGUAGUUAACUUCUGUCCACAGAAGUUUAUAUAGAUACAAAUCACUAAAUCUUGAAGGUCUGCAAUACGUUCUUAUUUUUAAGAUUUAACAUUCUUCAGGGAAAGGACCAGUGAUAUGAUUCAGCAGGUGAAGGCAUGAGCUGCCCAGCCUGAGUUCAGUCCCUGGGAACCUCAUGGUGGAGGGGGAGGCGACUUCCAUAGUUGUCCUCUGACCUCCAUACAUGUGCCAUGAAAUGCAUGUACUCCCACCACACGUGUACUCACACAAUAAAAGAAACAAACAUAAGUAAAUAAAUAACUUUAAAAUGUUAAAUUCUAUGGGAUUGUCAAUAGGCUGUGACAUACUAGUAAUUGAUAAAGGCUUUUCAAAGAAUUGUGCUUUCUGUUCUCUUAUUUACACUUGAAUUGUGCAUGUUACACAAAUGCUGAAAACUUCAGACAUAGUAAAUAAAAUAUUUUCCCUGGUA